AUGCCUCCUCGACCCUUGCGAUCUCGACUGAAGAAGAGGGCACAUUUGUUCCGAGCUCCAAUCCCUAGGCCCAGUGCACCAGCAGUCGACAGUGGUGGACAUAAUGCAUUAGGUAUACAGGCAGGAAACCAUGGAGAUCAGCCAUCAGAUACAAGUAUACAGUUUAACGCUAUGAUUAAUGGCGAUGCUAGUGAUGACUAUGAUAAUGACUAUAACACAAUUGGCAGCAACAGCGAUUCCGAUAUCGACAUGCCCCUGCCCCAACCCCAAGAUCUCCAGGAAAUCACCGAGAAAGCAAUCCAGGAUCUUUCAGGCCACAUUCCUGUGGAUGAUCCUGCCACGACAGUUCCAUAUGCUGACACUGCCAGAAACGACGUCUUUGUGCUAGAGAUCCCUAUAGAGGACUUCCUUCCUGAUGACUUGAGGAUGCCCCCUCCCCCCGUUCCAGCCGCCGCUGAACACGCUUCCAUCCUCGGCGAAGAUGAUUCUGAGCUUGUCCAGCACAACCGAUCAUCACAGCCAUUCAGCCCAUACCUGGCGUUCAUGGCCAUGUGGGCCGAAAAGUACAAUCUGUCCCGGCAGGCCUAUCAAGAUCCUAAUGAGGGAUUACCUCUCGGACAAGAUCUUAACAUCAAAGCAGUAGAGUUGCCACGAGAUGUUACAACUCUAAAGAAACAGUUUAUGGCGCAACUGCCAUUGCUCCCACUACGGCACAAGAUGGUUGAUCUCAACCAAGAGAAGCUCCCGACAAUGACGCCGGCGGAGAAGACAGGCCCGAGAAAGGACCGCCAGGCUGAUGCACACUGGUUUGAUGUUGCAACAUUGGUAACUGCAAUAUUGUCAGUGGAAGACCUCCACAAGGACUUCUGGAAGGGACUCGGGGCAUUCGUGGAUACCCCAAACGAGAUAUGGGAAAGUGACGUGUGGCUUUGCUCACUCCGGACAACGUCUGGAGAGCAUAUUACAUUCUCCGAUAGGCUACCAGUUAUCUGCUCUGAGUUUGUGGAGUAUAACUCGAAGAAGAAAGGUGGCUUCCGAGUUGGCCGAGUUUAUAGCAUUGAAAUCGAUAAAAGAACAGAUGCCAUCGAGAGAGGCAAGCCAGUUGUAAAGAUCCAGAUGGUCUAUUCAACAGCUGAGUUAUCACCAAAGAUCAGAAACAUUGGGUCUGAAUUGCCAGUCCCACUGACUCGCCUUGAGAAGCUCUUAUCCGAAGAUGACUUCGAGUUUGUUUUGCCCAAGAAUUUAGUCCAGCAGCUUGAUAUAACGGUAGACUACACGUUUGGGAAUGGGAUUCUAGGUCAACAGAAUCAUGGCUUCAAACCACAGUCACAAAUCAGAAGGGUGUUGAACACCAUGCACGAAGAGAUACGGCCGGCUGCACAAUCCCACCCACAUGUGGCGGAGCUUGAACUGAAGGCCUACGGGCGAGAAUGGAUAGUUAAAGCCCUCGAACAAGGCUUUAUCUCAGUCCCAUGGCUCAUGUUCAUUGAUGGUUUUGGUUUGUAUCGCAAUAUGUACCGAUCAAUGACUGGUGUGUAUGUUACAGCUGCCUAG